AUGAAUCCUAACGGUAUGCUUGCAACAAUGAAUGGUGCAGCUCAUAGCGGAAGUGGAACCGGACCAAAUGGUACCGUUAGCGCAAAUGGUACUGGAGCUGGAAUAGGUAGUGGAACAGCUACAACAAAAAUUGCUGGACGACAGCAUUGCUUCUUAUGUGACCUACCUCGUUGGCCAUGGGCUAUGUGCAAUGAUUACAUGGAACCUGUUUGUCGUGGUUGUGUUAACUAUGAAGGAGCUGAUCGGAUAGAAAAUGUAAUUGAAAAUGCACGUCAAUUGAAACGUGUUCAUGGAUUUCCGGUAGGUGAAACUUCAACAACUAUUGCUAGCAGAAAUUUAUCACAGAAAGAAUGUUUAAUGCAAGCUGGUGCUGGUCGAUUUUCUCCAGCUGUAAACCGUGGUGUUAAUCCUGCUACAGUACCACCGCCAACACCGGUUGUACAACAUCAACAGCAACAGCAGCAAGCAGUUGCCGCAGCAGCAGUUGCCGCUGCGGCACAAGCUCAAAUGCCACAACUACCGCUAAAUCAAUUAACCGAGGCACUGGUACAACAACAACGGUUCAUUUCGUUGGCUGGUAGGCAACCUGGCCAAUUUACAGCUGAAGAUUUGCAUGCGUUGCAGCAGUUGCAACGACCAAUUCACCUUCAAAAUUCUCUUAUGCAACAUGGCCUUCCAAUGAGUGUAUUUCCAAAUUUGGUAACAAAUAGCGUAGCAAGUUUGCUACCACCAAAUGCAACACUUGCAGCAGCUGUUGCAGCAUCUCGGAAACGUGAUCAUGAUUCAUCGGAUGAUAUCAAACCUGAUGUUUACGGAAAAGUGCAACGUGGAGAUGCGCAAACAACUUCAGCGUCACCAACGUCAACACAUAGUCCCGACCAUCCAAAUAAUAAUUCCAAUAAUAGACGAAGCUUUAGUAAUUCACAAAAUAGUGAUCGAAUAGUGAAGUGCACUUUAUGCCAUGAACGCCUUGAAGAUACUCAUUUUGUGCAAUGUCCUUCAGUCUCAGGACAUAAAUUCUGCUUCCCAUGCUCACGUGAAAGCAUUAAGAAACAGGGAAGUGCUCAGGAAGUGUACUGUCCAUCGGGUGAAAAAUGCCCAUUGGCUGGGUCACAUAUGCCAUGGGCAUUUAUGCAGGGUGAAAUUGCAACCAUAUUGGGUGAUGAUUUUGAACAAUUUAAAAAGGAACGAGAAGCAAAUAAUUCUGCCACUUCAACACUCGUACAAAACAGCAACAGUCAGGCUGGAACAAACCAGAAUUCAUCAUCCCAACAAAACUCAUCACCAUCGGCCACAACAAGUAUCGCCACUUCAACCGGUCAAAAUGGUGCCCCAUCAGUUUCUGUACCUCAACAUGUCAACCUUAAUUAGGUUGAUGGGAAGAGGAAAUGUUAAUGAAAUUCUUGAACAGUUAAAUUGCAAUUUAUAUUGCUCAAUGGCCUAAUAAAAUCAUAUUAAUACUGUUAAAUUAAAAAAAAAU